CAUGACAUAGUCCCAAGCUCACACAGACGUUGAGAAAGAGAACAACAUUGCAAUCCUUCUCGGUUUUAGCCUUUCUCCCCUUUCUUCUCCAUCGUGAACCUGAUGACAGUGGCGGACGUGGCCAGUUCACCAUAACGCAAAACUUUGAGAUCUUGUAUGUUAUAAAGUGUAGACUGACAAAUGGAGGCACUGAAAUCAUGUUAUGGGGAUGGAUCUUCUGAUUCGGAUUCUGAAUCUGUACCGUCAGCUCCAACCUCUGCUCCCUCAGCUGUAUUUACACCCCUGCCACCACCUCCCAUCUCUCUCCUUGACCCAUCAGCAUUUCUUGAUCUGCAGACAGGUCAGACAACAAGAGUUAGGAGCUUCCCUCAUGUCGAUGGUAACUAUGCCUUGCAUAUUUACAUACCAAUUAACAUUUCAUCUCCAUCGAAGAAAGAACUAUCUGCUUUCUUGAAAAAAGUUUCGUCUCGGGAACCAAAUCUUAAUGUUAUUGAUGUUGAUGUCCCAUUAAACGUGCUCUGCAAAAAUGACGAGAAGCUCGAACAAGUUGCCUUAGGAAGAGAAUUUCAUAUAAGUUUGGGAAGAACUGUUCCAAUACGAGUGCACCAGAUUGACUCAGUGAUCUCAAUGCUGAAACAGAAGCUUCAAAUUCAGCGCCAGUUUUGGAUAGACUUUAACAAGUGGGAAGUUUUUGUUAAUGAUGAUCACACUCGCACCUUUCUCUCAGUAGAAGUUGUUCAAGGAGGGUUAAUAGAGAUUACAAAGCAAAUCGAAGCAGUGAAUACAGUUUACAGACUUCAUAAUCUUGCCGAGUUUUACAAGGAUCCUCAUCCGCACAUAUCCUUAGCAUGGGCACUGGGUGACAUUUCCCAUUCACUGAAGAAAGUUGUCGACGAGGAAAUGAAGUGCGCUGUAGGAAAAUCUUUCAAGAAGAGUAUUUUUAGCUGUAAAUUCAAAGGUAUUGAAUGUAAGAUUGGCAAGAAAGCAUAUACAAUAUGCAAAAUUCCUGAUGGACAUUAAUUAUACGUGCACUCUAAAGAAAGAGCAUGCGAUUUCCUGAUCAUAAAUAGUUUAAGAGGGAGAAGUGAAUGUGACUUCGUUGUUUUAUUCCUUACGAGUUGUAGAUCAAACCCAAUGCUUGUAGAGAUUACUUAAUGAAAUAGAAAGUUUUUUUAACGAUUC